GCCAAAAGAGACAAGAUCUGAGCGGGAAAAGGAGCAUGAGAUGUGUGAGCAAAGGUACAAGAUGAUGGUUCUUAAGUUUGAUGAAAUGAGGACACAAGUGUCACAUGCCAUAAGUGAAAUUGGCAGUUCAAGUAUUCCCAACAAAUCUCCUAUUGUAAAGGCUGCUGAAGAGGUAGAUCAACCAAAACUUACUCCGGUGAAGAGACGUCGUGGUACUGUCCCCAGGAGCUCCCCCACACACAACUCCAAGAAGAAGAAGCCCAAGCCAAAUGAGAGUGAAGAAGAAGGAGAUACAAAAGCAAAGCGAAAGGCAACUGAAGUGCUAGAAGAACAAAAGUUGACUCCCCAGAAAAAACAUCUCGCAGCAGUUUCAAGAAGGUCCCCGCGAUUCAUGCAUAUGAAUAAUCUUCCCGAGGAGAAUGUAGUUAGAGCAGCUAAUA